UUGCCAACCGCAAAUAAAAAUCGAGAAGAAGAAGAAGAAGAAGAAGAAGAAGAAGAAGAAGAAGAAGAAGACCUCUGUAGUUCACGGUCAUGGCUGCUGCAGUGGGACGUUUGUCCCUGUGGUUAACCUCCAGAGUGUACGUGAAUCGGAACAGAGCUCCAUACAUUUGCUGGCGACAGCAGAGAGGUUGCUGUUUCAGUCGCCCCAUAGGUGCAACACGGCAAUACAGUUAUGACUCCAGGGAUGACCUGAAGGUCCGGUAUCUGGAUGGGGAAGACGCGGGAAUUGUUGUUGUUGGGAUAAAUCGACCAAAAGCCAAAAACUCCAUAAGCAAAAAUCUUGUCAACAUGAUGUUUGAGGCUGUAGAGGAUAUUAAGAAGAAUAACAAAGUGCGCAGUGUUAUUUUAUCCAGCUUGGUUCCUGGUAUUUUCUGUGCAGGUGCAGAUCUGAAAGAGAGGGCAAAGAUGCAUCAAAGUGAGGUGGGACCGUUUGUUUCAAAAGCAAGAGCCCUCAUCACAGAGCUGGAUAAUCUUUCAGUACCUACUAUUGCUGCAAUUGAUGGGGCUGCCUUAGGAGGAGGUUUGGAAAUGGCCCUUGCUUGUGACAUAAGAAUUGCUUCCAGCAGUGCAAAAAUGGGAUUAGUUGAGACACAGCUUGCGAUUAUUCCUGGAGCAGGUGGAACACAACGUCUCCCAAGGAUUAUUGGUGUGUCUCUAGCCAAGGAACUCAUAUUUACUGCUAGAAUAGUGGAUGGAAAAGAGGCAAGUCGUCUGGGACUAGUUAAUCAUUCCGUAGAGCAGAAUGACAGCGGAGAUGCUGCCUAUCUCUACGCUCUUGAACUUGCUCGUCAGAUCAACCCUCAGGGUCCAAUUGCAGUUAGGAUGGCAAAACUAGCAAUCAACCAAGGAAUAGAGGUGAGUUAUAGUAAUUGCUUAAGUACUAACUUUAUCAAAAUCCAGUAUAAAUAUGUAUGCUUAAUGGCCAAAGUUUGCAUUGGGAAAAAUUGUUAGAUGUCAGAUUAGCUGUAAAACAAUUAAGAUUAGACUAAUCUCCAUUUCUGAUCAAACACAAUCGGGGAUGGAGGGCUCGGGACCGUGUUUUUUUUUCAUGGACUUGGAUUGUUAUGCCGUAGUCUUGGUCUUUGUCUCAUUGGACAAAAUGGGUUGAGGUUGGCUCGAGACUAGUUUUUGUCAAAAUUACAAAAAUGUUUAUCUUCACCCGCAGACACACAACAAAAUGAAUGUGAAUUAAAAGAAACAUAAAUGAUCACAGUGUAGUUGCGUCCCACUGUCUCAGAAACAAUACACUAUUUUUGCUAAUGAUUGCAAAAUCAUGUAGCAUGGGAAUGUUUACAGAUGGCAUUGGGUCCUUAAAUUUAAAAGGGCACAUCUGUGUGUUCACAUGCAGGUGCGCCGCCAGGAAUUUUGGGCCCCAUGGCAAAAAAUUAAAUUGCCCCCUCCUCCCCCCCUUGUGCAACUACUGUUACAGUUUCUUGAGUCUAUCUCCAAUUUGUUAAAGUUGUCACAAUGUUGUGACAGUUUGCUAUGAGACAGAUA